CCCCCCCCCCCCCCCCCCCCGGAGUGCGCCGGCACCAUCCGCGCCCUGGGCGACGGCGUCCGCGACCGACAGGUUGGUGAUAAGGUAAUGGUCCUGGCUAGGUCAGGGCUCUGGCAAGAAGUAGUGAAUGUGCCGGCCAGUAGCACUUUCCCAAUGCCUGAGGGGAUGAGCUUCGAGGAAGCUGCUGCUCUUCUUGUUAACUACAUCACUGCCUACAUGGUUCUGUUUGACUUUGGAAACCUGAGACCCAACCAGAGUGUCCUCAUCCACAUGGCUGCAGGUGGUGUGGGAACUGCUGCCAUCCAGCUGUGCAAGACUGUAGAAAAUGUCACCAUUUUUGGCACAGCAUCUGCCUCCAAGCACGAUUUCCUCAGGGAGAGUGGAGUUACUCACCCCAUUGACUACCGAACCAUGGAUUACGCAGAGGAGAUCCGGAAAAUCUCUCCCAAAGGUGUUGACAUAGUCCUGGACCCUCUGGGAGGAUCUGAUACAUCCAAAGCUUUUAACCUGUUGAAGCCGAUGGGCAAAAUCAUCAUUUAUGGUGCAGCAAACGUGAUCACUGGGCAUAAGAAGAGCCUCGUGGCUAUGGCUAAAACCUGGUGGAACCAGUUCUGCAUCAAUGCCUUGCAGCUCCUAAGCCAGAACAAGGCUGUGUGUGGCUACCAUCUUGGAUAUAUGGUUGAAGAAGUUGAGCUUAUUGGAGGUGUUGUAGCCAAGCUGGUUAACCUGUAUACUCAAGGCAAAAUCAAGCCCAAAAUUGACUCUGUAUGGCCCUUUGAUCAGGUGGGAGACGCUAUGAGGCAGAUGCAAGAAAAGAAGAAUGUUGGAAAAGUCAUCCUGGUUCCUGAAUUACCCAAGGAAGAAUCUAAAAAAGGAGAGAACUAAGGAGAAGAGAUGUAUGCAGAUUAUGAAUUCGUGAUUUAAACUCCCUGAUCUCUUUGGGAACUGGAAAUGGACAGAUCAGUAUCUUCCAUCUUUCACCAGUACAAGAACAUCAUGGUUAUCAUUCAGAUGAGGUUUGCUUGCUCUUAUUGUGACUGACCCUUUGCCAGAUAUGCCUCCUGCUCUCUCUUUUAAAGCCUGUUUAUUUCAUACUGCUUUCUAAUCACUUGUUUCUUCACUGAAUUUCCAGACUAAUCUUAUUUUUCUCUGGCAGUGAGGCUGAACCUUCCAAGCAGUUGGUGACUAACAACUGCACAGCCUGUCACUGUAAAGUCAUGGUGCAGUGUACUCUAACAGCUGCCAAGUAUCUCUGCAGAAACUGAGCCCUGCUGAAACAUUUGCACUGUCAGCUUUGGGAAGCCAGUUCAGCAGAAGAUUGGCCAAAUGUAGGAUGUUUCCUCCACAGCCAAAGGAUAACCACAGCUGGCCUAGUUUAAUUUGAGCAGGGGUUUCUUUUCUGCUCACAAUAACCCAACUCUAUUCCCUCUGCUUUUUGUAGGCUACUAACACAGCCAUAUAGUAACAGUUCAUGUUGUUUUUGCCUUGACCAUCCUGGCAAUUUGGAGUCUAUGGCAUAUCAUACUUUAUUUGCAGUCACUUCUCUGUGCAGUCAGUAAAUACCCUGACAGAUUGAGCUGGGCUUUAUCUGACUACAGAAGAAAAGUUUGAUUUAGGUAACCUGAUUCCUGUCCAUUUUCUAUUUCCAAAUUGUUUAGAGAGGUCUGAGCAGUGUCUGAUUCUUAGAGACCAUAAGGACUCAACUGUGUCUCAAACGACUGGAACAAUUGAUGUUGGCUCUGUGCUUUAUUAUGCUCCAAGUUGGUAUUGUUAGGGCUUCAGCCUUGUGUUUGUAUUUCCAAGGGCUGCAGUAUUGAACUGGACUUCAUUGAGAUGGAAACAAAAUAGUCCCCUGUUAAUGCUUUGUGCAGUGCCCUGUGCACUUAGGUGGUGUUGCAGUUUUUGGGAAGUAACUUUCAAGAGCCAGUCCUGUGGGCUGGCUGCCCAGUAGCCUGGGCUGGCUCUCCCUGUGGCACACUGGUUAAUAAAGCUGUUGCCAGGGUAGCAGUUAGCUGAUAAACAGCCCAGCUGUGUCUCAAGCCUCUUGACCUGUACAUUCUGAGCAGUUUUCUGUUGUGUCCUUGCUCCUUUGCUGCAGCAGGGCUUGACUCUUCUUCCCUUGAUUCUGUGUCUUGGGGCUCCAGCACUGAGGGUUUAGGAGCUGCCUGGGAUGCUCCUCUCUCUACCAGAACUUCUACUUUUCUUUCCUUGUGUGCAUAUGGAAACAGCUAUGUGGAGACCCAAGCCCAGCUUUGUGAGCACCUUGUGUCCUGGGUGAUGCUGUCCUUCCCACUGGACCCUGCUUGCAGCCCUAGGUAACUCUGGUGCUCUCAGUGCUUACUUGCCAUGGAUUGUAAGUGUGGGGGCUUUUGGGCUUCAUUUUGGAUUUGAAAUGGUAAACCCAAGGGCACCAAGAAGAGCUGCCCAUCAUGGAAGAAGUCCUGCUCCAGAAGCAAAACCUUGAGACUAGAAUCCUGCUUAACUAGCCCACAGGGAGGGCCCAGGGCCCAAGGAUGGCAGAUACCUGUUGGGCACACCACCACCCAAGAGAGCCCACACCACACAGGGCUGGGGUUCCUCUCUGCCUUCUCCCUCUGCUAGCUCCAGUGGGACUCUUGUCUGUCAGUGCAGCUUGUGGUUCAGGUGCUUGGGCUCAGUCAGAGUUCUUUAGAAAUGCAUAGGCACAGCUUCCAGGGGUCUUGCCCUGGCUAAUUUCAAAUACUGCAACAACCCUGUUCUCUAGAACCUCAGAGGAGUGCUGGAGUCCUCUCACAGAUCCUUGUCAGUUCAUCUCUUGAACUUCAUAAACACAGGCUGAUGGAACUCUCAAGCACAACUUUUUACCUUUCUGAAUCCAAAAUCUUGCUGCUUCUUUCAACCUGCCCUGUCAUGCUACUUUAUAUUGAAUCCAACAGUGUCUAAUGCUGCUUUGCCAGAUGUGAAAACACAAGGAUUGUCUAAAUUGCUGACACAGAAAGUCUGCACCUGCUCCUCUGAGCAACUGGACUUCACCUUGAUGAAAGUCACACAACCUGCACUCUUCUGGCUGUGCAGGAUUGUAAAAGGGAAAGCUAUUAUGGUGUGUUUCAUAGUAACAUCCUCUCCCUGCUUUAUCCUGAGAUUUGUGCUCAGUGCCUUACGUGGAUGGCCUCUGGUCAGGCAGUGUGGCAGGGCUCUCCCAGAUCCCUCUGCCCUGCUGCCUCCUGUGUGCCAUGGGAAACAGCAUCUCAGUGCCUUCUGCUACAUGACUAGGAAGUCACUGGGGCCUUUUCUCCAUUCUAGCCUUUCAAAGUAUUGCCAAAACCCUGUUUUAACUCUUAUUAGCUCUGUUUUGUGAAUGCUGGUGAUGUCGUUGGACUUUCUGUGAAUUAGCUGUUCUCUCCCCAGGUGUUCCAGCCUUUCUGGGGCUGGUGGUUCUGUACCCUCCAGUCCAUAAGACCUGUUGUAAAGCCCUUGUCUUUCCAGGGCAGCUGUUUGGCUCCAGAGUGAGCCUUGAGUGAGACUUUAUCAGCUGUUCCUUGGCAGCCUUGGCUCUUUGGAAACAAUCCUAUCUCCUGGCUCUCUUCGGGCUCACAUGUCUUCUACCUAGAAAUUCCUGAAGCCUUUAUCAAGGCAGGAAUGCCAAGCAGUUACUGCCUGUUUGAGUUCAGCACUGGCUAUUUUGUGUCUCUUGGUAGCAACAGUCUUUUCUACAGGAAGACCAAUAUUAAAUGUAACCUUGCAAUCCUCCACCUUGCUCUGGUCUAGGUGGGUAUGGUUGGUUGUGUUUUGGUUUUUAACUUUUCUUUUUUAUGGGCCAGUAAGUAUAGAACCUGUGUAAAACAACUUCAAGUGUCUUACUCAAGUUAACCAGCCAGUUUGUAUACUAAGGACCAAAGCAAAAAAAACCAAAACGAAACUCUAGGAUAAAAAUCAUCCCAUUCAAUGUUGCUUCUUUAGGGCAAAGUUGUGCUACUGAGGAACUGGGAGAUUCCUGUACUUAUCAUGUAUACCAUUCCAGAAGUGCAAUUUAAUGUUUAUUUUACUGAUUGUCUGACUCAAAGGUUGUGCCACGAGGAGUCCAAGUGGAAGUGUAAGGAGUUGAUGAGUGGAGGAGGCACCAGGGCCCUGCCUGCUGCAGGGGGCUCGGUGCCAGAGCCUCUCCUGUCACUGCUGCAGUGACCUCCCAGCCUGGUGCUGCUGGUCUUGGACAAAGUGCAACUCCUUUGCUAUCACCAGGCAGUGGUUGCCACAUUUUUGGUUCUCUUUGGUUCUCUGAAGCUCACUUCUGUUGCAAGCUGAUUGCAGGAAGGGAAGGGAGCAGAGGUGGCCUCUGCUUGCACAGAGGAGUGUGGCCCCUGCCAAGUGCUCUGGGAAGGAGUUCAGCUCUAUGUUUUGUUUUAGACACCUGCAUUAAACUAGAAUUGUUUAGCCAGGGAGAAGUAAGAAGCACUGUGUGUGUCAGGCUUCAGCUAGUGCAGGAUCCUGGCUGCUAUCAUAGGUGUUAAACCACUCUGGUUGCCUGAAGUCUCUGAUGUGCUGAGCCCUCGUGAUAGCAAAGUGUUAUUGGCAAGUAGUACAUGAGCAUGAUGUGAAACGUGUUAGCAUAUGGUCUGGUCUGUACUGUCUGCAUUGUGUUGAUUUGCAGAUUUGUGAUAUGAGUGAUGCUCAUCCUACAGACACAUAGCAAAUCUCUUGUUUAAAAAAUAUAUUUCGCUUUGUAUGUGUAACCAAGUUGGACAGAAGACAACUGUGCCACUGCUGUUUACAUGACUACAAUGUGUACCGCUCCUCUGUCAAAUGUUACCAUAUGCCUUAUGUGUUUCAAAUGUUAAUUAAAAGCAUAACAAAAACCUUC